AGCAGCUAAAGCAACAUAAAUGAAUGUAUAAUUUUUAGCAUGACAUCCAAAUAUCCAUAUGUAUUAACAACUCAAGUCUUCAUGCUUUCCAUCGAUAUAUUAUUCAAUGCACUUGGAGUUCUCUGCUAUGGGAAUAACAUGACUUUGCUUUUAAUUUAUAUACUACAAGAUACUCUACUCAUUAUGUCUUCACUCGUUCUUUUUGUCUCAUUCACUGCAACAUUUGUAUUUCAACUUGGUCUUAUUCAUAUCGUCAUUUUUCAAUUUUUGCCAACAGUCAUCAUUUCGAUACUUUAUACAUUUGUUUCUAUUGGAUAUCACUAUGCGAGUUUGAGCUCAACUUGGGAAGACCGCACAGUUAAUAUUUUUAUGAACGGACCUUUACUUUUGUUUUUUAUAAUUCACAAAAUUGUUUCAUGUGUUUUCUAUGCAUACUACAAGCGUACAGCUCUUCAGAUAUCGGAUCCAAAGUAUAACUCCGAUUCAACGUGGCUUCGAGAACUUUUCAUUAAGCACAUGAACGAUAAGGCAGCGAAAAUCGAAGCUAGAACAGCUGCAGAAAAUAAUUAGAGAUUUAAUUCUCAUUUUUCGCUAUUCCUUUGAAAUAAAUUAAUGUUU